AACGAUCCGCAAGUUCAUCCAAAAUGGCACCAUCAGCAUCCGCCGGCGGCAAGAAGCAAAAGAAGAAGUGGUCAAAGGGAAAGGUCAAGGACAAGGCCACCCACGCCGUCAUUCUCGACAAGGCCACCUCCGAGAAGCUCUAUAAGGAUGUCCAGUCCUACCGAUUGAUCACUGUCGCGACCCUUGUCGACAGACUAAAGGUCAACGGUUCUCUGGCCCGACAGGCCCUUGCCGAUCUCGAGGAGAAGGGUCAGAUCAAGAAGGUUGUUGGACACUCAAAGAUGAACAUCUACACCCGUGCCGUUGCUGCCGAGUAAAGGAAACCCCUUAGGAUUUCCUUUUUGCUCUCCUUCUGUAUUACUCCGGCGUUACCUUACGUUUACUUGACACGGUUUCAUCAUCUCAUGUAGCGACGACGAGAAAUAUUAUGACUUUUUCUCGUCCCCCCCCCCCCUCUUCCAUUAGUGCCUGCUCUUUUAUUCCAUUGGGUGGAACGAAAAUGGGGAAA